UUUCCCAAUUGAUGCUGUGCUUGAAUGCGCCCUGAGACCAAAUCGGAAGAUCAGAUUCGGGAGAGCUGAUGCCUUCUUUGCCGAUGUUCAUGUUGUUGUGGCAGUAACAAUUGGUGGUUCCUGCAAGCACGCCAAGACGCUGUUGAAGAAUCGGCCGGAACCGUCGCCGUCGGCUCGCCGCUGCUGCUUCUUCCGUGGAUAAGAUUGGUGGCUGAGGAUCCACCACCGCCAUCAUCAGAAGAAGAAGUAGAGGAAGAAAACAGAAACAGAAGGGAAGAGGGAGAAAAGGGCAGGGGUGGAGAUGGCUAUAGCGGCGCCAGGGCAACUGAAUAUAACCGAAUCACCGUCCUGGGGAUCGAGAAGCGUCGACUGUUUCGAGAAAUUGGAGCAGAUUGGCGAAGGCACCUAUGGUCAAGUUUAUAUGGCUAGAGAAAUAAAAACUGGGGAAAUUGUUGCUUUGAAGAAAAUACGGAUGGACAAUGAAAGAGAGGGGUUCCCUAUAACUGCCAUUCGGGAAAUUAAAAUAUUAAAGAAGCUGCAUCAUGAGAAUGUGAUUAAGCUGAAAGAAAUUGUAACAUCUCCAGGUGCUGAUAAGGACGAACAAGGCAGGCCAGAGGUUAAUAAAUACAAAGGUGGCAUCUAUAUGGUCUUUGAAUACAUGGACCAUGAUUUGACAGGUCUUGCUGAUCGUCCUGGGAUGAGAUUUUCAGUUGCACAGAUUAAGUGCUAUAUGAGACAGCUUUUAACAGGGCUUCACUAUUGUCAUGUAAACCAAGUACUGCACCGUGAUAUCAAGGGCUCUAAUCUUUUGAUUGACAAUGAGGGAAAUUUGAAGCUCGCAGACUUUGGCCUUGCCCGUUCAUUUUCAAAUGAUCAUAAUGGGAAUCUCACAAAUCGUGUAAUUACUUUAUGGUAUAGACCUCCAGAGUUGCUUCUUGGAACCACAAAGUAUGGUCCAGCUGUUGAUAUGUGGUCAGUUGGUUGUAUCUUUGCUGAGCUUCUACAUGGGAAACCAAUCUUUCCUGGAAAAGAUGAGCCAGAGCAAAUAAACAAGAUAUUUGAACUAUGCGGCGCUCCUGAUGAGUCUAAUUGGCCCGGGGUCUCGAAGAUUCCUUGGUAUAACAAUUUCAAGCCAACAAGGCCAAUAAAGAGACGUCUCAGGGAGGUCUUCAGACAUUUUGAUCGGCAUGCUUUGGAAUUACUUGACAAAAUGCUGACUCUCGAUCCAUCUCAGAGAAUUUCAGCUAAGGAUGCACUUGAUGCAGAGUAUUUUUGGACGGAUCCAUUACCUUGUGACCCCAAGAGUUUGCCAAAGUAUGAAUCUUCCCAUGAGUUCCAAACAAAGAAAAAGCGGCAGCAGGCGCGACAGCAUGAAGAAAAUGCAAAACGCCAGAAACUACAGCACCAACAGCAGCAUUCUCGACUUCCUCCAAUUCAACAGACUGGUCAAGGACAUGGACAGAUGCGACCAGGGCCCAACCAACAACUGCAUGGUUCUCAACCCUCGGUAGCUGCUGGACCUAGUCACCAUUACGGGAAGCCUCGUGGGCCUUCUGGAGGACCAAGCAGAUAUCCCCAGGGUGGAAACCCCGCUGCAAGUGGGGCAUACAGUCAUGGGAAUCGAGGUCAGGGAGGAGGUUAUGGUAGUGGGGCUUAUCCUCCACCUCAAGCGCGCAGCGGUGCAUAUGGCUCCAGUGCUGGUCCCCGGGGAGGAGGGGUUAGUGGCUAUGGAGUGGGUGCUCCAAAUUACAAUCAAGGAGGCGGUGGUCCCUAUGGGGGUUCUGGUGCUGCAGGUCGCGGCUCCAACAUCAUGGCUGGGAAUAGGAAUCAACAAUAUGGUUGGCAGCAGUGAUGGAGAUGGAGUAGCAGCAGCCUCUUAACUGACUGUUAAUUGGGCUCUCUAUGUCAAAGUCAAUCUCCAGUGUCAUGUGGUGUUUUCAUCUUUUAUAUGAUGCUAUUAUUGUUAUUAUUAUUAUUAUUAUAAUGAUAGAAAGAGGACCGGAGAGUUGGUGCAUUUGCACUAUUUACCUUUGUGGAACAUUGAUUGCUGUUACAGAGGAGAAGAUAUAUAUACAUAUAUAUACACACACAUAAUGAUCAUGCAUGCAUGCAUGCAUUGCUCCUC